CCAACUUGCAGUGGUCACAAUCAACACAGCAUCAGCAACAUGGACGACCUUGUGAAAUGGGGCGCCGCGUUUGCGCUUGGCGCAGCCAGCCACUGGUACUUGUCCCCUGGCAAGUCGCCCGAGAAGCCAUCUAACGCAAAGGCCGAGCCAGUGCAGAGACAGACGAGUCACGAGAAAGAAGAUGCCGAGGAAGACAGCAACGGUGACGACAGCGACGACGGUGCUCGAGCUGACGAGGACGUCCUCAAGUGGGAACCGCACAAGAUGGUGCUGGUGGUUCGCAACGACUUGAAGAUGGGCAAAGGCAAAGUAGCCGCUCAGUGCGGCCACGCCACCCUCGGUGCGUACAAGCGGGCGGUGAAGCGCACGCCACAUGCGAUCGAGUGCUGGGAAACGCUAGGGCAGGCCAAAGUCGCGCUCAAGGUCGAAUCGGAGGAAGAGAUGCUGGAGUUGGCACGUCGCGCCAAGGAACUCGGACUCGUGCAUUAUAUCGUCGUGGAUGCCGGACGGACGCAGAUUGCCCCAGACUCGAAGACAGUCUUGGCCGUAGGACCAGCGUCCAUUGGGGCCAUCGAUAAACUCACCAAACACUUGAAGCUCAUGUAAUUGGGGUUUGAAAAUAUAACAGCACUACCUCGUGUAUUGUUCAGUCUAAUGUAGACAUGGG